AUGGGCAAAUCCUGGGGUAUCAAAUUAAAUACUGCCCUAUGGAUAUACAAGACGGUACUAGUACCGAGCUUAACAUAUGCUGCUGUUGUUUGGUGGCCUAGAGUGGAAAAAAUGGAGUCAAAGAACCUGCUAAAAAGCCUACAGGGUAAUUACCUGAAAGCUGCGGCAGGGACUAUGAGAACGACACCAACAGAAGCGUUGGAAAUAGCGCUCUGCAUCCCACCUCUAAAUUUGACAAUCAUAAGCACGGCCAGACUCAUAGCAUAUAGACUGAGGUGUCAGGAAGAAUGGAGAAAUUUCGGGCGGGGUUUUCUUCACAAACCUCCCUUUACCUUAAAACAGGAUAGAAUAUUCAGAAUAUGCCAAGUGGACAAAACGUUUUCUAUAAACUUGACCACCAGGGCAGACUGGAAAAACGGAAAUCUUCAGAUCCAGCCGGGCAUUCAGGCCUGGUUCACUGAUGGAUCUGGAGCAAACGGCCGCUUUGGAGCGGCCAUAUACUGUCCAGGAUCAAAUCACAGGGAGUCGUUCUUCCUGGGUAGGUUGGCCACGGUCUUUCAAGCGGAAGUUCUGUCCAUUCUGGAAUGUGCAAGACUCCUACUAUCAAAAGAAACAAAAAAGAGGAGGAUCAACAUCUAUACAGAAAGUAAAGCAGCCAUAGGAGCUCUUGCUAAGACCACCACUGAAUCCUCAGUGGUCUGGGACUGUAUGCAAGCUCUAAAUAGUUUGGGUGAGCGAAACAGCAUCACACUAGUCUGGGUACCUGGCCACCAAGGUAUUCAAGGGAACAAAAUGGCUGACAGUCUGGCAAAACUGAGUACCUUAAAGGAACCAGCCUGUCAGAGAGUUGGAGUCUCUUUUGCAAUAGGGAAAAAUUACAUCAAGGACUGA